UGAACAGCAAUCUGUUUAAUCCCUAUUUGCCCUUUGUAACAGUACUUUAAACCAGAUUUUUCUAGCCGAUACUCAUUAUCUGUAUGACUGUCAGACUUCUGAGAGGCGAAAAUACUCUUAAGAGCAAGGAAUGAGAAAAGGGGAACCUGAAUAAGCUAUGUACAUUUCUCAGCUCAUGUGAAAGGACACUGGUUGAUCAAAAGAACAUCAUGCAUGGAUCCUCAGAACAAAAAAUAAUACGAAUUGAAAGCCUAGAGGCAGCCCAAUAAACCAGAAAAAACAUCUUAAUAAGGCUGUCUCUCUACUUCCUGUCCAAAUGCUUUCCCACCUAUGCAGAUCCAUUCCUGCUUGUCCAGCUGUCUCCACACCUGAUCCCCACUUACCUGAUCAGCAGUCUCCUUUACGAGCCCCCCUGCUAUCCCAGCGUUCCCAAAUUCUUCCUAGCUAUCCCACUGUUCCUCCCACCCGCCAGCCUCAGACCCUGCCUAUCUAUCCAUCUGUCCCCUCUACUCUCCCCAGAACCUUCCUACCAGCCCCAUUACUGUCCUCCCCAGUCAAAUAUCUUCCUCGUCCUCCAGCCCCAGUCACUCCCAGCUUUUCUAGCAGUUUCCCAUGUCUGCUAGCCCCAAUUCCUUCUGGCCCUCCUGACCGUUUACCCCACCCACCUCAAGAUCUGCCAGUCAUUCCUGAUUCUGACUCACACAGCAAGUUAUUUUACAAAACUUUCAGACCCAAACGUUUCCUUCCAGCACAGCAUUCUACCGCAACCACUCUAAUGCCUGCGCUUGUUCGUCGUUCCCUUCCAGCUCGACUGGUUGUUUCCCCAGCCCCUUUGGAAGGUCUCCCUGUUUUGAAGCCUUCUUGUUUAUCCAAUCAUCCCCCUCAUCAACCAACCCCCACUCUUUCUUAUGUCACUCCGUUGCCUGAACAUCCUGCUAGCUUAGAUCCUUCUCAGUCAGUCCAGCAAUCUGUUCCACAAACCAAAACAUUGUCAAAUCUGCCCCAAGCCUUUGUAGACCAUCCGCCUACAUCAUUUCUCUCCAAUCCACCUCCCUGUCGUUCUCCAUCCUCUUCUUUGUCUUCAUCUCCUACUUCCAUAUCCCCUCGUUCAUCUUCUGUACGGUUUUCUUCCUCUUCAUCCAUUCUUUCCUCUUCUUCACCCUCCCCUUCUGCCUCUCCAUUCUUACCUCCUUCGACUGUUCCUCUUUUUUCCUCUCCUUUGGAUUCAUCACCCUCUCCAUAUUUGCCUCCCACAAAUUUAGAUUUUGCUUCUCCAGUUCCACCUGUUUCUUCUUCCUUUAUGGUUUCUUCUUCCUUUCCCCCCAUGCUUCUCUCUUCCUCUCUUUCUACCUCCCCAUCUCCUUUUAUUCCUAUCCAUUCCUUCAGUCCUCCUCACUGGGGGAAGAAAGUAGAGAAGAGAAGAGAAGCAAGUGGAGUAGAGAAGAAAGAAAUAGAGAAGAAAAAGUUGAGAGACGACAACUUUAAAGAGUUACAGGAAUACCCACUAGUGAUGAGGUCAACUCAGAACUAAGGGUAAUGCAGCAUACUGUUGUCCAGAUGGGAAUGCUCUUGAAGGACUGA